UGUUGGUCCCCUCCCCUCCUCGUGGUCGGCAUCUGGCUCUGGCAUCUGACCUCGCGCGAUGAUUAGAUUAAUUAGAUCGUACGGUUAGAAUUGUCUAGUUUGUAGGAAUCGACUGAUUUAUAUUUGUUAUUAUGGCUUCCUUGGUUGCGGAUUACGGGACUUCCUCCGGUUCGGAUGGCGAAAUGGAUGACGACAUUUCGGAUAAUGCCUUUAAGGGUGUGGAGAAGGUGGAAUCAGAUGGGGAGGACGAAGAAGAAGAGAAUAACAAAGAGGAGAACAACAGGGAUAAUGGUGGACACGUAAGAAUAACUGAAACAACAGCUUCCAAAGAAAAACUUCCAUUACCCACGCCAGAUUUCAACAGUGCAUCCACGUUACUGAGGACUUCAGUAUUCCUAAAUCCAUUUGUUGAGGCGGAGCGAGCAAAGAGCGCAAUCCUGGAGAAGCAUGUAAAGAUGACGCCCACGUUAGACGACACGAAAAUGAUAAAUGGUCGCAAGAUUUGCUGGAACUAUCGGAAGGGUCGUUGCCGUUUCGGUCACAAUUGUACUUUCGCUCACGAUUCGGAUCUGCAUCGUAGCGCGGCCGAAUUGGAAGCCCUACGAACGCCACAGGAAACGCUGGUCUGUCAAACUCGGUAUAACGGACAGCAGCAGCAGCACCAGCAGCAGCAGCAACAGCAGCAGCAGCAACAACAGCAGCAACAGCAGCAGGUAUUGCCGCUCGCGAACGACGAUGAGAAUGAGGUAGAUCAGGAGAACAAUCAGACAGCGAACAGAAAGCGUAAGAAAAGACCCGGCCUGUGCCAAUUGUUGCUUCCGAGUAAAAAGGUCUAUAAGCAGUUUAAAGCGCAACAACAACAGCAACAACAAACCAAAACUAGAUGAAUAUUAUUUCUUUAUUUGGUAUAGUAAUAGGUUGAUAAAAUUGUCUUCUAGCCGAGUCGUUAUAUAUUUUUUGCGAAUCGGAAAAUAUGCGCAAUAUGCAUCUCUUCGAAAUAUUAAACAGACCUUGCGGACGCUUUUAAUAAACAAAAAUUAUGAAAGAAAUUUAGCAAGAAAUUGUGAGAAAGUCAAAAUUAUAGGAGAAAAGAUCAUAGCGAAUAAUUUUAAAUUCAUAUUACGCUUUUAAGAAUGGAAUUUUCAUCUUUUAUCAAAAAACAAAAUGGAACCCAUUAGCGUAUAAUGACGAGAUUAACCAAGAUCUUGCAUAUCUCGUCUAAGGUCUAGCUUAAUAUUUAAUUAAAAGAUUGCGCGAACAAAAAAAAUUAUUAGAUAUAUAAAGGAAAAAUAAAAAAUUCCGACUUAUGCUUCCAAUAUGAAGAAACAUACGAUGUAUAGAAUAGGAACUUUUAAUUAAGAGAAACUUUUGUCUCAUAUAAAUUCGCAAAAGACUAUCCAAUGUGUCCACAGGCGCAUUCUGCCUUCUUAAGAUUCGUCUUUUGUAACGCAAUGAACGCAUAAAUCAUGUCUUCUUGUUAUUUCGUUUUCUCGUGUUUAUCAUCUUUAGCUAAUUAUUUACUAAAUAUUUGAUAAUACUGUUUGUGAGAAUACCAAAUAACAUUUUAUGAUUGAAUCCAUACAUAGAGUAUGUAAUAUCAUGAAUCCGACCGAAAUCACAUUUUUACUUCCGGCCAAAAGCGAAAACGAAUAUUCGGUUGUCAUUCAAUUUCGGCCAAAAACGAAACCGAAACCGAAACUUAGAUAAGUCUUAUUAAAAGAAAAAGUGAGAGAGAAAGCUAACGGAGUCACAUUUUUUCUCAGCCGGAAUCGAAAUCGACUUUUUUUUUUAAUUAAUUUUAUAGAAACCGUGGUUUUCAGAAAUCGUGACAAAUUCAUGUAUUCUUUACAAAACAAGAUUUUAUUAAAAUAUCUAACUAAUAUAAUAAUAUUGCAUCCUCUUUUAAAGAAAUCAAAUCAGUUAUUAUUAGGAUCAUAUCAAAGCUUGUCUUAAGCUUAAUCAAUGAGUUUAUAAUUAAAAUCAAAUAGUUGUUUUUUGAACGCUUACCGGCGCAUUGCAACUUGUACAGUUUCGGUUUACCCACUGAAAUUUUCUCUUAAUUUCGGCCAAAACCGAAACCCUGAUUUUUGUCCGAAAUUGACUGAAACUGAAAUCGAAAUUUCAGUCGGACUCUAUGUCAUGAUAUUUGAUGAAUUAGGAAUACAUCCCGCUUUCCAGAUUCUUUAUACUCACAUGCGAAAAAUCUUAUAUAUCUAAUACAAUAGUACUUCCAUGCGUUUUUGUGAAUUUAGGAGUAAUCCAAGCGCAAUUGCUUGAUUAUGUCCCUCUUUUUUAUAAGAUAUAAAUUUUUAUUUUACAUUUCCUUAUAUUGCGAUCGAUGAGACAAAUCGAUACUCUUAAAUCAGAUAUAAUUACAAUACUUGUAUAGAUAUUGUGAAUGAUGGAAAAGUUGUUUAGUAAUACAUUAAUCUUUUUAAUGAAGAAGUAAUUGCGAUAAUAGAUCGGAACAAAAUAGAAGGAUCAUAACAAACUAAAUGUUUACUUUCCACUCUAAGGACAAAUUCACAACUUUGCUUUAAGAAGCCUUAAGCCGUAAGCUGUAAGUUAAAUGACGAUAUAUCGGCCACAGAGCUUAUACUUUUAGGCCGUAAGAAUAGGGUUUUGCUCUAUUCGUUUAAAUCUAAUGGUUAAAUCCUAAAGAUUGCGCAAAAACAGUCUAAAGACAGAAAUUGUCACUUAAUCUCUUUCGACUUAUGACUUAAAGCCUCUUAAAGCAAGAUUGUAGACCAAGAGUAAGUGGUUAAACAGUGUUUUUAACUUAAACUAAUACGUUAAUUGUCUGUUGAAAAAAAGGAUAAUAAUAAAUAAUUAUGAUAAUAGAUCAAAAUAAGAGAAACAGUGUAGAAAACUAAGAGUUUAUCUAAACUGUAACUCGAAAAAAGAGGCUCCUCCUUUGUGAGGAUUUCUAACAGGUUGCCAAUAAAUGAUUCAGCUGUGCUGAAACAAUGUCUUGCUUAA